CCAGUAAUUAAAUACAGUAGUUAAAUCGAUCGACAUACAACACAUUAGUUACGCUCAGUUUUAGUGUUGACAAACAAUAUAAUUUAAUUUGUAAAUCGACCACAAAGAUAUUAAAAUAAUAUCACUUGUGCUACGCGUGUGUUCAAGGAAAGUUUUGAAAAUGUUGAAGUCGCAAUUAGUGAAUUCGUUUAACAAUUUUAUAGACAAAGAUCUCCAGUCGAUGCUCUUGCCACUAAGUCUAAUGCAAAACUUUACGUUUUGUCCCAAGUUUCGUAUCAAAAAUAAUCGAAUUACUCCAAUUAGUUAUUUCCAUAAAUUCGUGGCAUUUGUCGGCACCGUCAUGUUCAUUUACUUCUAUGUUCUACGCGUCUAUAUACAAUCUUUCGAAAAAAAAUUCAAAAAUGAUUUCUUUGAGUUGUACACCUGCUGUUAUUGCAGUUUUGGCAUCGCAAUAAACUUUAUCGACAGCAUCAUCCAAACUAAAUUAUAUGUUAACUUCGUCUUGUUAAUACAAAAAGUUCACAGAUUAUUAAAUAAUGAGAACCAUUUUAGGUUCUACGUUAUUUCAAAUUGGCUUCGUAUAAUUGCUGUCUACGGUUUCUUUAUCUUUAUUUUAAUUGAAGUCAGUGUUUGGAUCCAAAUGCCUUACUACUACAUUGCAAGUUGUUACCCUAUGGUGGCUUUCGAUUUAAAUCUAGUAUAUGCCAUCAGUUUAAUCACACUGUUAAAGGAUAAAAUCAUUUUAUGGGAUAUUCAUGUUUCGAAUUUACAAGCGAUGCAGGAAGAGAAUGAACCGAAAAAAAUGUACCAGACCUAUGUCAAUAUUUUGAAAUGUUAUGAAAUCUAUGCAACAUGCUUUGAAAGAAAUGUAAGUGGUUUCUUUUUGGUUAUUUCUUUGAUCUCCUUGUUUCUGGUUUUACUACCAAAAUUGUUUUAGAGACUAGUUAAAUUAUCAUUUUAUUUUUAAUUUCAGAUACUAUAUUACAUUUCAGAGAUAUUUGUUCAUAGUCUGGUUUAUUGUCAAGUGGCGCUUAAUAAUCUUAAAGCUGGGAUGUUAAUUAAUUAUAUGGUAAAUGUUC